AUGUCUUCCAAGGUUGAAAAGGGUAAAAAAUCGAAGAAGAGUAAACCAAAGGGCACAUCUCCUCAGACAUCAGCUAAAGACUUAACUAAUGAAGAACAGGCAUAUGAUGCUAUCUUUGAAGGUGAUUUUGGUUCUUUAGAAAUUGGUUCGUAUAUUGGAGGGGUUCAUGAAGGUGCUACUGAGCAUUUACCCGAUGCUGUUGAUUUUGAAGAUGAAGAUGAAUUAGCUGAUGAAGAGUUGCCAGAAGAAGAACCUGCUGAUUUUAAUCAGAUUAAUAGUAUAGGUUUGGAUUCUACUAGGGAUGCAGAUUUUACUGGAAAUAAUAAUGAGAUAAGAGAUGCGUUUUUUGAAACUUCAGGAAAUGAAGAAUUUUUAGAUGUUUUACCUCAAGAAGAAACAGAUAUGUUAGAACACAAUAUAUCUACUGAUGGAUUCCAAGGUGGAAAUAAUGCUUUAUUCAUGGAAAUUGAUAAUUCAAAUGUAGGCUACAUGGAUCAAAACCAGCCUUAUGGAUCGUUUAUGGAAGAUGAAGUCCAAAAGGAAAGAGAACAACAGCAAAGUAAAAUAGAAGCUGAGAAGUUGGCAAAAGAAGAAAAACAACUUCUGAAAAGUUAUUUCCCGGAGUUUGAAAAGGGUAAAACCCUGAGAUGGAACAAGUUACUAUACCGUAAAAGAAGUCAAUAUCAUUGGCAAAGAGAAUUAUUAUUGGCAAAUAGAGUUUUAAAACCAUUAAUACCUUUGAAUCUAAAAUUUCAAGUACAAACAGACCAAAGAAGAAUUUUCAAAAGUUCAGAUAGCAUAUGGCAGAAUUCUUUAGUUUCAAGAUUAUCAUCGGUUAUGAUGCCUCAAAAGGCAGCUAGAAAGGGUAUUAUAAAUGUAAGUAUCGAUGAAUUAUAUCCAGAAAAACAUAAAGAGGAAAAGCAAGAUCAUGAAACUUAUACAUUAUCAGAAGAAUUACUAAUAGCUACUGAUGAUUGGGAUCCAGAACGCAUUAUUGGGGAUUCUACAAUUCAAGGAUCUAUCCGUCCUAAAGGUAUAAGCGAUAUUGUCGAGGAAACAGCUAGAGAUUGGGACUGGCAGGAUGAUGACCUAAUCAAUGCUCACAUUCCUCAGGCAGAAGUAGCUGAACUAGAUAUGAAUGACAAUAAUUUAUUGUUGAUACAAGAUGAACAAGAAGAUAGUUCUCAACAACAAAUUCCAUUAGCAUUGAAUGAAAAAUCUCUGUUAGAUAAGUUCAAUAUUUCAAAUGACGAACAGUAUAGCAUUUUAAUUAGAAAGCAUCAAACAAAAGUUCGUGCUACUGUUUCUAACUUAAACAUAGAACAUUCUCAACCAGCCACCAGAUUACAAACUCCAUAUUAUAAAGUGAAUGUCCCUCGACAACAAUUAAGACAUUUUCACAGGCCAAAUUUUGGUUCAAGAAUACGUCCUGGUACCAAUAUUGUUUUUAGUAAGUUGAAAACAAGAAAAAGAAGACGUGAUAAAGGCAAAGAUGUUAAAGAAUCAUUUGCUUCUUCCCAAGAUUUGACCACUGGUGAUACUGCACCUGUUUACUUGAUGGAAUACUCUGAAGAAACACCUAUUGCUUUAUCAAAGUUUGGUAUGGCUAACAAGUUAAUAAAUUACUAUAGAAAAAUGCAUGAACAAGAUACUACACGUCCGAAAUUACCAGUAGGGGAGACUCAUGUUCUUGGUGUCCAAGAUAAAUCUCCAUUUUGGAAUUUUGGUUUUGUCGAGCCAGGUCAUAUUGUUCCAACCUUAUACAAUAAUAUGAUAAGAGCGCCUGUUUUCAAACACGAUGUUCCAGGUACAGAUUUCCUUAUUAUCAGAAGCUCUGGUUGUGGUACAAGUAAUAGAUUUUUUUUGAGACCAAUAAACCAUUUAUUUGCAGUAGGUCAAACCUUUCCUGUGGAUGAAAUUCCAGGCCCAAAUUCCAGAAAAGUUACUUCAAUGCGUAUGACUAGACUUCGUAUGAUUGUUUAUCGUAUAUUGAAUAAAACUCCAAGCAAAGCUAUUUCUCUAGACCCAAUUGCACGCCACUUUCCAGAUCAAGAUUACGGUCAAAGUAGACAAAAGGUAAAAGAAUUUAUGAAAUAUCAGAGAGAUGGUACAGAAAAAGGGUUAUGGAAAUUAAAAGAUGGUGAGCCAUUAUUAGAUAAUGAAAAUACCAAGAAAUUAAUUACUCCAGAACAAGUUGCUGAAGUCGAAUCAAUGAAUAGUGGGAUCAUUUACAAAGAAGAUAAUGAUUUAUUUAAUUUUGAUGAAAAGUUAGUUAAACUAGAAGAGAAUUUGUUACCAUGGAAUAUAGCUAGGAAUUUCAUUAAUGCAACCCAAAUGAGAGCCAUGAUUCAAAUACAUGGUGUUGGUGAUCCAACUGGUAUUGGCGAAGGUUUUUCGUUCUUGAAGACUUCAAUGAAAGGUGGGUUUUUAAAAGGUGGAAUGAGCAAUGAAAUGAAAUCUUCCUCAACUGCAUCUUUUUCAUCCGGUCACACUUAUAAUGUGGCACAACAACAAAAGAUUUAUGCGGAGGAGAUAAGGAAGAAAUGGUAUACAAAUGCCAAGAGUUUAACUAUCACAAAUCCAUUUGAAGAAAUGAAUGAUCCAAAUGAAGUCAAUCAAAGUAAUAGAAAUGUCCGUGUUCAUAGAGAUGAUAAGAAAGUCUUGAAGAUUGUCAGAAAAAAGAGAGAUGAAAAUGGCGUUAUCCAAAGACAAACAGUCAUUAUCAAGGACCCACGUAUUAUAAAAGGCUAUUUGAAGGGUAAAGAAUUAAGAACUCAGGCAAAACUGGAUGUAAAUACGAUAUUAAAAGAAGAUAUAUUGAAAGUGGAUAGCAUUGAAAACAUCGAAUUACAGAAGAAAUUAUUACAAAACGAAUUAGCAAACUUAGAAAAAUCUCAACAAAGGCGUGUUGCUAGACAAAACAAAGAUAAAAUGGAAUCUGGACCAGAUGGUACCAAACCUGGUGGUAAAGGUCGUAAACGUAGAUGUGCUACAUGUGGCCAGGUAGGCCAUAUUAGAACAAACAAAUCUUGUCCAAUGUACAAUGGCGCAGACUUGGCUGCUGGUAGUAGCACGCAAUCUUUACCUACAAAACCACCAACAACCAACAAUAACUAA